GGGACGGCUGACGUUCACAAGGCCGAGAAGAAGACGAAGCACCCGCAGGAGAACACCGACGGCAAGCCGGCCAAGAAGGAGCACAAGGAAGCAAGCGCGCCUCGCGACCAGACGAAGAAGAAGAAAAAGAAGAAGCCAACCAACAGCCGAGAGAGUUUCAAGGACCCCCGCGCGCCCAUCUACAGCGCACAGAGGGACAAGGUGACUGUCGUGGACUUUGUGAGCACCAUCCGUGCCAGCGGCAAGCAGCAGCCUUCAGCAGGGAAGCACCACUGA